AUGUAUAUGGCUCAAUUUUGUUUACAGAUUGCGCCCAUUAUUUUAAUCAUUCAUGUUUUAUUUACAAAUGCAUUCGCAGAGAAUCUUCAAAAUUCCCAAAUUUUAAAAAGAGAUACCAAUACAACAAAUACGACGAAUGCAGCUACUACUAAUAAUACAUUAUUAUGCAAUGGUAACGCUGAUCUUUGUGACUUACGGUAUAACCAAGUGACAUAUCCAGGAACUCACAAUAGCGCGUCAUACAAUCUUAAGUUCGAUUGUAAAACUUCAGCAAAGAGCUGUCUAGAAACAACAGUUGCUUGCCAACAAGAAUAUUUUGAAUGCACUAAAUACUAUAAAAUUCAUUGUGAAGCACAAACAUCAAUUUGCAAAAGAUGGAAACCAAAAUACUUGCAUUGGAUGUGUAAUAUAUUGGAUAAUACUUGUAAAUCAACCAAUGCUUGGUGUGUGGUCUGGCUUUUUGGCUGCACGGAAACUUCAAAGAUUUGUAAAGCAUGGGCAAAUACUUGCGAAUCUCCCAUACCAAAUUGGUUGAUUACGUGUUUAUGGGAAAAUAACGCUGGUUAUCCUGUGUUAAGGCAACUCAAUGAUGGUAUUCGUUUAUUAAAUUUUGAGAUGUGCCUUAAAGAUGAUAACAAGACGGUAGUAUUUUGCCAUGGUCAAGGGUUAUAUCGCGCGGAAGGUCUUGAACUUGAUCCUGUGUUUACAGACAUUAAAAAUUUCAUGGACCAAAAUCCUCAUGAAAUAGUAACUCUAGAGUUUGGACAUGUUAAUGAUUUGAGUACAACAUAUAAUAUAAUUGCAAACUCAAUUCAAUCACGCCUAGAAAAAUAUUUUACGAAUUCCACAACAGGUCGUCCUCAGAUGUUAAUAAUCCCUUCUGCGAGUCCAAAAAAUGAAAGUGAAUGGCCAACUUUACGUCAAAUGAUUGAAACUGAUCAAAGAAUUGUAAUCUGGUUCGAAGAGUUGUAUGAUGCUUUAGGGAACGAUAGGAAACCUUGGAUUAAUCACAUAGAUCCUUAUUAUGUACCAUCGUUUUCAUACACCUCAGAUGCUUUUACUGCACAACAAUUAAAUGCAAGUUUUACUCAAUACUGUAAGAAUUCUACUGCAUUGCAAGCUAAUGAUCUGAAAGUUUAUGGAUACACUAGAUGGCAAGCUAUUGAUGAUACUGUUGGAUUAGUGCCUGUAGGAAUUGAAAAUGCGGUGCAUACUCAUACGUUAACUGAUAUGUUGUGUUUAGAUGACCUAGCUAAUGUUGUAAAUUAUGAUUUGUUAAUGUACAUUGUUGAUACUUGCAAAGAAAAAUUUCCUUAUAUCUUUAGAGUUAGAUUGGAUUAUUAUUCUCAAAGUUAUUUAUUUCAAGCAGUGAAUAAGAUGAAUGAAUAUAAUAUCUUAAGAGUUAAAAAUAAUACUAAAUUUCCCUGA